AUGGAGAAUGAACUUCUAUCAAGAAAACAAAAUAGUACAGUACCAACAUUUACAAUUGGAACCGCAGAGGCUGUGUCGAUAGAUGACAUCACACCAGCAGAGACAAAUAUCCUGUCCCUUAUUGUUUCCGACGAUGGUGGGGACACCAUUGUGUAUUCGACAAAGGCGAACGACAACCCAUAUUUCUACGUCGAUACUAAUAAUGGCCAAGUGAAGACUUUACAGACAAACAUACCAGAAGGCACUUAUACUAUCACACCAAUGGUUACAGAUGACUGCUAUAAUACAGCUACAACAGUUGUUACAAUAACAGUAGAAAAUGUGGCCAUUACUUCUGGUGGAUUUACUGGAACUUCAGUAACUAUUUCUCAAGAUGAUUAUUUGGAAAAAAAUCUAACGGAUAUUCUAAUAACAGAACCAAAUGACGGUUAUUAUUGUUACCUGACCAGUUCUGCUAGUUUUCCAUUUAGUGUCAGACAGGCCAAUAGCUUAUCUCCAGGUUAUACAUUAUACCUUCAAGAUUGGCCAGAGUUAAACGCAGCAACGACACCAAGUUAUACAUUAACUGCGGAAUGUAUAGAAGCGCAUUCUGCAUCACCCGCUAGUGUUAGUGUUGGUUCCUUUACAGUAAAUGUUUCACCAAAUAGUGGUCCGUCAAUGGCUACUGCAACAGCCACGGCAACGCUUGACGCCAUUACCGAUUGGACUGGUACCUUGGUUUAUACUGUAGUUGCUUCAGAUCCAGAAAAUGAUCCAUUUACAUUUACCCUUGCUGGUGGAGGACCAUUCACAAUAACUGACGCUGGUAAGAUAGUAUUGACAGAAAAUCUUGUACGUCAUGGUCAGGGUAGUUAUACACUUACUGCAACUGUAGCAGAUAACCGUGGUAACUCUGAUGCAACGACAGUAACUGUUACCAUUAACAAUAGAAAUGUGGACCCAACAUUCACCAAUUUACCUACAUCCGAAAGUAUCACAGAAAACGUAGCCGUUGGAACGACUGUAUUCCAGCCUGUUGCAGCAGAUACUGACGUCACUGAUGUUCUUGAGUAUUAUGCACAAUUUAAUCCAUCGUAUGGCGCCAAAUUAUUUACAGUCAAUCCAAAUACUGGAGAAGUCUUGACCGCAGCAAAUAUUGAUUAUGACGUCAUCGGUGACCCUUCCAUUGCUAUUUUCAUCACAGUUUCUGACGGAAAAUGGUUUGACACGCAACGUUUGAUUGUAAAUAUUGGCAAUGAAAAUGAAACCCCAGUAAUAGCACAAAAAUAUUUCAAAAUUAUGAGAGACGAGGGAGUGUCUGGCGAUUCCUUUCCUGUGAUACGUUACGAUGUUGAAGAUCCGGACAUAGCUUCAGUGAAUGAUGUUAUGAUAUAUACAAAGGAUUGUGGAGCUGACAACAGCAGGGUGGCCAUUUCAUCAUCUACAGGAGUUUUCUCCUUUAACGGAGAUUACGACCUGGACGACGCAUCAAACCCAACAGAUUUUACCUGUACCGUCACAGUGACUGAUAGUGGUGGAUUAACUGACACGUGCAUCGUUGACGUGCGUGUUGAUUAUGUAAACGAGUUUACUCCAACAUUUACCCAAUCGUCGUAUGAUAUAACUGUUUUAUAUACAGAAUUAGUCGGUACAAUUAUUCUUUCUGUCAGUGCCUCUGAUCAAGAUUUAGGCGAUCACGGGGAUUUUUAUUAUGAAAUUAUCAACGCUGAAAAAUUGUUUGGAAUAUUUCAAAACGGCAGUAUUUUUGUGAAUACAGAUCUAAUUAUACAUUAUCCGAAUGGACACGUGGUAUUUAUGACAGUAAAAGCCGAAGACACUGGUGGCUUGUUUUCAACAAUUACAGUAAAUGUAACCAUCCCAUCAUCAAUUGUAGAAAGUACGACCACAGAAAAGCCAUUAACUUUCUUCGAGUACCAGAUGAACAUGGUUGCAUAUGAAAUUGCAGCAGCAGUAGUCGCAGCUUGUUUACUGGUAUCGAUAUUUUUUGCAUGCAGAUAUAUAAGGAGAAAACCUCCUGUGACUGAGGUUAAGCCAUUAACUUUGCCGCAAGUACCUGAAAAUAAGGCUAAAAAGGGAAUCGUAGACAACAUGGACAAGUCGAAUGAACAUGGGGAUGGCAACAGUGUGAACAACACUCCGUCAAAUAAUGAAGAACCUCAAAUUCGUGUUAAACCAUUGUUUAACAUAGAAGGCCCCAGGACAGCGGAUGGAGGAAUGCGGAGUCCUCCACCGGCAUAUAACCUAUAAUGUUACUAAUGUCUUCGGGAUCUGUUUUAUUUGUAUCUAAAAUUUAAUAUAAAUGAUGUCAAAUGAUGUAGUAACCUUCUGAUUACCACACGCUUAACAAUAUUAAAAGAGAAAAAAAUCAUAUAGUAAAUCUAACAUUUAAAACAAAUAGUGUCAACCGCUUACGGACACAAGAAAUUCAGUCUAUAUGACUACUGGUAA